AUGUCUCAUUUUACUGAAGCAAAUCGGCACUAUUUCGACGAAAAGGCAACUCAUUACAAAACUGACUUCGCCGAGGCAACACAGCUCUUGAUCAGCGAGAUAGAGUCUCGCCGUCAUUGGAUUAGUCCCAAAUGGACAGACACUGAGGGUGGAAGAGACCAAGAAAUCACGCUCUUGGACUAUGCCUGUGGCCCGGGUACUGUCUCAAGCACUUUGGCUCCAUUCGUUACAAAGGCAGUAGGCAUCGAUGUUUCCGACAACAUGAUUGCUGAGUUCAACAAGAAUGCCAGGGAGGCCGGAGUCGCAGAAAAGAUGGUUGGGCUUAAGGGCGACCUGCUCUGUGAAACCAUUGCAGAUGAGCUUUGUGAACCAAAUCUCUUUAAUUUCGACAUAGUUGUCGUCAGUUUGGCACUUCACCACUUCCCUGAUCCGGAGUUCGCUCUCAAACGCCUCGCGGACAGGUUGAAGAAAGGUGGCACAUUACUCAUCGUAGACUUCGUUCCCGACAAGCACACUCACGAGUUCCACAAAGAUCAUCCAGAAGCUGCAGCGACAAUAGGGAAGCAUGGCUUUACACGCGAUGAGGUGAGGAAGCUAUGCGAAGAUGCUGGAGUAGAGGCGGCGUUCGACUACCAGGUCGUGGAGAAGCCAAUGAAAUUCGUCAUGAAGGGCAAGGACCAACAAAGGACGCUGUUCUUUGCGAGGGCAGAUUGUGCAUGA